UUGACUUACAACGUUGUAUUAGUUUCAGGUGUAAUGUUUUGUUUUUUAAUGGAAAGGAUUUAGUGGCAGAGAACAGAUUAAAUACUCAGAGUGAGGUGAGUGUACAGGAUGAAAAGAAAAAUAAGUGUAUUAUUUUAUUGAUAUUGGAUUUUAAGGCAAAAUGUAGAGGGGAAUAUGAUCUAUAAGCUUUUUCAAAACAAGGAUUACAGAUUUUCAGUGACAAAGCUCCAGCGUCUUGCCACAGUGUUUGACACAUAUAUGGCACUCAGUUAAUAUUUGCAUAAUUCAUUAGUAAAUAAAUGAGUCGUGAUAUAAAAAAAUCAGGCACUAUGCUUCCAGAGAGAGCUCUCCCGUUAGCAAUCACAUUUCACUCGCAAGUGCAGAGAGAAGGUUCACUAUCCAUGGUUUCAAGCGCUCUCUAGCGUAGAAUCUGUUCCUCUCUGGCAAACUGCUUCUUUUUUUUUUUUUUUUUUUUCUUUUCCUUCAAAAAUCCCUUUUGGGCCGUGAACUUUCAAGGCAUGGGGACACCCCUCCCCCCAGUAUGUUUCCCAAAAGGACUGAUUCUCACUAUCUAAGAUUCUUUUAAUAAUUUGAAGUCUCUGUCUUUCCCGCUGAGCCUCCCAAACUCUCAGCAUAAGAAUCCUGGACUUGCUUUAUCUGGGCCUAGAUUUUUUUAAUAUGCUGACCACCUGGAGUCCUCGGCCUUCAUCUCAGGGAAUAGAUCUCUGAGAGAGGCUCAGUCAAACCUCGAUCUUAAAAGAGUAGGCAAGUCCUCCUGUGGUUCUUUUUACGAAUUCCUGAAGGCAGCAGAACUAGCAGCGGUGGCCUCCAAAGCUCACGCUAUUCGCUCUGUUCACUUUCUCUGCCACCGGCCCCCACCCUGCUCCCAACAGCCACUCUGCAAAAAGACACGCCAGACUCCUGAGCAGCUGGAGUCAGUCCAAGAAUCCUGGGAACGCUGCAGUAUAACUCCUUUGGCUCCACGUAGCCAGAAAGACUCACUAACUUGACUGUGCAGAUGAAGGUUCCCAUGUGUUUCCCUUCUCCUUCGCCCUCUCCAUUUAUCCAUGUGGUUAUACCGAGCCUCACACUGAAAUGGCUUCUAAAGACCAAAGAUUAAAAAAGUGCAAAACAUUCCCUGCGGGGUAUGUAUGUUUGUCUUUGUUAUGUGUCCAUCCGCGCUUCUGCAAAAUCUCCAAACAAGCGCGCCGAGAAAUCCAAUAUCUUUCCAGGGAUUUCCCUUCCCCAAGAGCUAAGUCUGGUGUUUCCUCAGAAGGGUCCUGCAGCCGUAGAGGCAAUACAAAUCUGCGAUUUUUUUUUUUUCCCCUUUCUUCUCUCGCUGUCAGCCCUCUUCGCGAAACAGUCCCAGCGCAGUGUUUCCUAAUGAUUCCCUUGCGUCGGCAUUACAAGCGAUUGACCGGGAGCAAGUCCUUCCCCAGCUGCAGCAAGACCUUCUGUGGACCAGCGGCUCUGGCGUCCGACUGCGCCUGGGAGGAGAACAGCCCCGGAGCGGAGCAGCCAUCCUCUGAUCAUGCCCCGGUAAGGGGGACGGACUUCGAGGGCAACUCGUCGCGGACUGCCUGGGCUUAACCAGCAAGCUGCGAACGGCCAGGGGCCCGGAACUGCGCGGCACGGCCGGCCCGGCGGGGGGCUAUCGUCUAUGUCUUCUUGGGGCGCCAGGCGGAUCGGGGUCUCGUUUUUGCAGGAAGAGCCCAGCGCUGGUGGCUUCAGGUGGCUGCCGCCGCCGCUGCUAGUGCUGUUUCCGCCGCUUGUGCGAGGAGCAGAGACCGCCGAGCGGGGAGACUACUGGGCAGCGAGGCAUCGGACAUGUGUCAGCACAUCUGGGGCGCACAUCCGUUGAGCCUGAAGGGAGAUUUGCUGGAACAAUUCAAACUGCGAUAUUGAUCUUGGGGGUGAUUAUUCCUGGCUGGCUGUCGGGUGGGAGUGCAAGUGUGCGCUCGCUUAGGAGGUGUGUGCCUGUGUGCCCGUGUGCAUGUGUGUGUGCCGUGUGGGGCUUCCCCCUUCCCCCCCUGUUUUCCCGUCGAGUGAUGCACUUGGAAUGAGAAUCAGAGGAUGGAAAUAGUCUGGGAGGUGCUUUUUCUUCUUCAAGCCAAUUUCAUCGUCUGCAUAUCAGCUCAACAGAAUUCACCAAAAAUCCAUGAAGGCUGGUGGGCGUAUAAGGAGGUGGUCCAGGGAAGCUUUGUCCCAGUUCCUUCUUUCUGGGGAUUGGUGAACUCAGCUUGGAAUCUUUGCUCUGUGGGGAAACGACAGUCACCAGUCAACAUAGAGACCAGUCACAUGAUCUUUGAUCCCUUUCUGACGCCUCUUCGCAUCAACACUGGGGGCAGGAAGGUCAGCGGGACCAUGUACAACACUGGAAGACACGUGUCCCUGCGCCUGGACAAAGAGCACUUGGUCAAUAUAUCAGGAGGGCCCAUGACAUAUAGCCACCGGCUGGAGGAGAUCCGGCUACACUUUGGGAGUGAGGAUAGCCAAGGGUCGGAGCACCUCCUCAAUGGACAAGCCUUCUCUGGGGAGGUGCAGCUCAUCCACUAUAACCAUGAGUUAUAUACAAAUGUCACAGAAGCUGCAAAGAGCCCGAAUGGAUUGGUGGUAGUUUCUAUAUUUAUUAAAGUUUCUGACUCAUCCAACCCAUUUCUUAAUCGAAUGCUGAACAGAGAUACUAUCACAAGAAUAACAUAUAAAAAUGACGCAUAUUUACUACAGGGACUUAAUAUAGAGGAACUAUAUCCAGAGACCUCUAGUUUCAUUACUUAUGAUGGGUCUAUGACUAUCCCACCCUGCUAUGAGACAGCAAGCUGGAUAAUAAUGAACAAACCUGUCUAUAUAACCAGGAUGCAGAUGCAUUCCUUACGCCUGCUCAGCCAGAAUCAACCAUCUCAGAUCUUUCUGAGCAUGAGUGACAACUUCAGGCCCGUCCAGCCUCUCAACAACCGCUGCAUCCGCACCAACAUCAACUUCAGUUUACAAGGGAAGGACUGUCCAAAUAACCGGGCCCAGAAGCUUCAGUAUAGAGUAAAUGAAUGGCUCCUCAAGUAGGGAACUAAGCCAAGAAGAAUCCCACCUCAGUGAAAUGCUACAACUGUGAAUUGACGUAACCUAAACUGUCCCCCUUCUUUCUUCUCUCUCCUUCCCUCCCUCAAGCCUCAUUCACUCUUUGGAUUGGCCCUUUCUUCAUGAAAAAUGUCUGAAAAACCUUGGCAGAGGAACACAUCUCUUACACACACUCACAAACACACACACAAGCACUCACACAUACAUACACACACAUGCCAACAUGUCUACACUCACGCAGCCUUCAAGAUGGGAAAUCAAGUUUCAGAAACAAAAGGCUCAUUCAUAAGAAGUCUUAAAAGACAAUAACCAGUUAGCCUGAUUACAAUUUUGAUACUCUCUUCCUGAACAAAUAAAUCCACCCAAUGAGACUGUUCAGCCUUUGUACAUACAAAAUUCUUCCAAAAGAGAGAGAGGUGAAAACACAGUUCUGACAGCACCAAGAGGACUCUGUUCUUUGCAUCAAGUAAUCUCGGAUAGUGUCCUAAGAUCCUUUGAGGGUGCUGGUGACGAGUGAAGCAGAACAAAGUUGGACAAGGACACUAAUUUCUAGAUCAUGAUUCUUCUGUUUACUCAACAAUUUAAAAAGAAAACAAGGACAGACAUCAAAGAGAUACACAUUGUAUAUAUAUCACCACAGACUAUUAAAAAAAGGAAUCAUUGCCCUUCUUCGUCACAUAUCUGUAGUAGGAUUUGCCAAGAUCAGAUUGAUCCAUUUGCUGUUUCUUGUUUUCCAAAGGUCAUACAUUGUGUUUGAUUAUUGUUAACAGCUCAAUAAAUGUGUUUAACGAGUUAAUUUCA